AUGUUUGUGGUCGGCAGGGAGCUCACCACCGACAUGUCGCUGAACCUGCAGCUGGAGGAGAGCACCGUGCGCUCGGAGCGGAUGACGCCCUUGAAGUUCAGCACCGCGCACGUCAAGUGCUCGGUGGGGGCGCGCUCGCUGGCCGUGUGUCGCGGCCGGGAGCCCCGCGUGCAGCUGCUGCCGCUGACGGCGCUGACCCGCGACCCGCUGCGGGACCACAUGGACGGAUACCCCGGACCGCUCGUCAGAGGCGUCACUCACAAGAAGAGCGUCGUGGAGUACUGCGAGAGACGAGCGAGAGAGGCAGGAGCCGGCGCGGGCGAGGGAGCGGCCGGCGGGGACUCCACCGGCGCCGUGCUGCUGUGGGACCUGCUGGCGCUGCUGCUGCGGCAGAACGGGGUGGUGGUGGGGUCGGAUGUGGCGGAGCUGCUGAUGAAGAACACGCGGGCCUUCGAGUACAAGGAGCCGACCUCCGAGAACACUGACUGCGGGAGCUCACUGGCCGAGGAUGGAGAAGGAAACGCGAGCACCACGGAGGAGCUGCACCCGUUGGUUUCCGAAGAACAGAAGAAACCGGCCGUCAGUGAGAAAGAGGCUCUCGACAAGUUCCGCGAAUACCUUAUAUACGGCAACAGACAGGAGGCGCUGGAGUGGGCCAUGCAGUGCGGGCUGUGGGCGCACGCUCUGCAGCUGUCGUGGGCGGGGGACCGUCGAGCUCGCGCCGCUGUCUCCGCGCGUUUUGUGGCCGCACUCGGAGCCUCCGACCCGCUCCACUCGCUGUACGCCGCCCUCGCCGGCCGCGCGCCGCCCGCCCUCGCCUGCGUGUCCGACGCUCGCUGGGGUGACUGGCGCCCGCACGCCGCCAUCCUGCUGUCCAACACGUCCGCGCGCCCCGACCACGACAGAAGGAACCUCACUCAACUAGGCGACACCCUCCACGGCCGCGGGCUGAUCUACUCGGCGCAGUUCUGCUACCUGUCGGCCGGCGUCCCGUUCGGCGUGCACCCCCUGGCGCCGCUGAGCGCUCGGCCGGCCUCCUCCGCCGCCCCGCCGCGCCUCCAGGAGCGCGUGCUGGACCAGCUGGUGGUGUACAAGCUGCUGCUGGCCACGAGGCUCACGGACGCGGGCGAGGCGGAGCGCGCGCUGCGGUACGUCGAGCAGGCGGCGCGCGCGCUCACCGCCGGCCCCCGGGGAGACGACACGCGCGCACUCGCACACGCCGUGGCCACACUCGCUGACAGGCUGAAGUAUUUCGAUCCAGCUCUUCACGACGAGCCGGAGGGCGGCGGAGAGGCGGCGGGGGAGAGUGCGGCCGGGACUGUAGCGGGAGUAGCAGGGUCCGGCAGUGAGGAGGCCUCGCCCCGGCACCAGCAGUGGCUCACAGACGUGACGGAGCUGGCCAGCCGGCUCACGGUGAGUGGACACGACCAGCCGCCCGGGGUCAGCGGUGUACCGACAAGCUUGUACAUGGUGUCGUGUCCACAGAUGGAGUCCUCUCAGAACAGCAGCCCGCAGCACGGCGCGGAGCUGAUGACGAGAGAACACGAACACACGCAGUACUCGUGGAACGAUCAGACGCUCCAACAGCAGCCGGACAUGGUUCCGCAGCAGUACCCCGAGCCGGUCCCGGAGGCGGCGGACUACGCGGCGCAGUACUACCGACAACAACAGCAGCAGCUCCAGGAGGUGGAGCAGCAGCAGCAGUACGAGCCCGCGCCCUACGGAGACUACGACGACCAGCCCGCGCCCUACGGAGACUCCUACUGGCAGAACGACACGCACUACGGAUAUAACGACUCCGCGGGCCCCCCGGCCGGCCUGCGCCGCCGACGACCCCGCGCACGCUCACCGCCACACCCGGACCCCGCGCCGAACGAAACAAACGAACGCCUCCCCCUGGAGGACGGUCAGGGGAGCUCACCGGCGCACGUGGCGGAGCUCCUGCGGCGGGCCGCGGUGCCGGCGCGCUGGAGACCUCGCCUCGGAGCCGUCGUCGGCCACACCGUGGAGAACUGGGCGCGGAGAGCCGCCCGCGAGCGGUCCACACGCCCGCUCGUGUUCGGGGGCACCUACCCCAUCGACGAGCCCGAGGACUGCGCGCCCUCUUACCAACAAGUGGAGCAUCGCCGGCGACUGCGGGACACGGUGGAGCGGAGCGUCCGACGGUUCGAGGCAGCGCUGGCCUCGCGCGGGGGAGGGCGGGGGCUCGUGCGGACCUUCGACAUCGACGAGCCGCUCGGGCCGCGCGAGGAGCGCCCGCCGCAGGACCCGGACUCGCGGGUCUACCUCGCCGGACCUCAGACAUACGACAUCGACGAGCCCGUCAUGUACAUGUGA